UUCUCUGGUCCCCCCUUCCCAAGCCCGGCGCGGCCAUGGAUGCUGAGACGCUGCCCUACGCGCUGGACCUGGUGGCGGGCAGCGGCGUGUGCCUGAGCCCGGAGAAGCGAGCGGCUCUGCGGAACUCGCUGCUGCUGGUGCGCCGGGACUACCGCUUCGAGCAAGUCCGCCUGUGGGGCCGCAUCCAAGGCAUCCGAGGAGCCUACUACAUCGCCGAGGGCGUGGGGCCCGACAGGGCGGGGACCAGAAGCCGCCUCUACAGCUUGAAUUGUGUGGACUGGAGCCUUCUGCCACCUAAUAAUGAGGAAUUUACUGCAAUGACUUCAGUGCUAAAGGGACGUUUCCAAGGGGACCCAUCCUAUGAAUAUGAACACUAUGAGAAGAAAGAAGAAGGUGAGAGACCAUAUGAAGAGGAAGCAACAAACUUGAUCAAGGAAGAAGUCCGUCUUGUAUCUGCAAUAGAUCAGAUAGAUAAAGCAGUGGGUAUUGUUCCACGGGGUGCCUAUAUAAAGUCACCACUGGGACCUGUGCAUGAAAACAGAAACUUUGACGGUCUGUCUUUGGUGGAGGCUAAAAAAUUAAGCUCCUAUUUCCAUUUCACUGAGCCUGUAAAUUUGAAGAACAAAACUCUCCUGGAGAAAGCUGACCUGGACCCUGCCAUUGACUUCCUGGAUUCACUUGAACAUGAUAUUCCUAAAGGGUCCUGGAGCAUCCAAUUUGAGAGGGGAGGCAGAGUGGUAAUACUACGAAGUUUGCUCUGGCCUGGACUCACAUUCUACCAUGUCCCCAAUACUAAACAACAUGGCUACAUCUACUUUGGCAACGCAGAGAAGAACCUGGACCUGCCCUUCAUGCUAUGAAUAACAGCACGAGGCUGAAAACGGAAGAGAUGCCUUGCACUAAUUUUGUAUUUGAAACUGGGUAUGUAUUUUUGCUUUAAUAAAUCAGCAUGAAAUAAUGUUAGUGAGACCAUAUUUUAAAAUAUUAAGUAGAUCAGCAGUGUGUCAUCUAGCCUGUAAGCCAGCUGUUUAUCAUCUACUCCUUCCCUCUAAAUUAUAAGUCAGUCUCCUUAGAGUGCAGCAAGACCAGUACCAGAAACAUUGUUGGUUCACUUUUGUUUUACUUUGUAUUUAUGUACUUAAACAUUGAUUUGGCAGAGUUUGUUUAUUUUGGUAAUACUGAUUUAUUCUGCAUUUGUUGAAUUGUUGAUUUUUGUCAUUUGAAUUUACUAACAUUUUCUGUAAUCUGUAUGUUUGUAUUUUCAAUGUUUUGAUGUUUUUGAAUGUUUGCUGAGCU